GUACUUGAAGAAACUUAAGUAUGAAUGAGGAUGUCACAAUUAUUUUGUGAAGCUCAUAACUUCAUCCCUUCCUUAUUCCUUUUAAAAACUGAGGUGGAAAACAAAGUGAUAAUAAAACGAACAAUGUUAUAUUUUGUAAUAACCUCCAAAUAAUAUUCCAAAUAUGAAAAUUCGUUGUAACAAGAAAUCUAUUAUCGUCUCCGAACAAUAACAUGUUGCUAAAUAAAAAAAGAAAACAAUAAUACGAGUGGACUUUAAAAUUAAUUGUCAGUCACAAAUUGAUAAGGACAAAGUCGUAGGAAAUCACUAGUAAUUAGAUAUAUUGGAUAUUUGUCUCACUGGCCUCACGGUAUCUGUCUAUGAUUGCACUGACCUCUGCCCCCUGCGCCUCAUUAUCUAUAAGGUAUAAAGAAGUCAAAAUGAUGUAUUCAGUCAGGCUCCUGCACUCAUUACCAGUGCCUCAGUAAAAAUUAAAAAGAUAACGCUGCAAUUGUGUUUUUACACUGUUUUGCACAUGCGCGUCGUGAAUGAUUGUACGUGAAAAGUUGAGUGUUACAUGUUUUAAUAGACCUUUAUUUGGCUUGCAGAACUAAAGCUAUGGAGCUGGUUUCCCUAGCUAAGGAGGUGUUCCAGAACAUAGCGGAGCAGGCGGCGAGCUACCGCAUGGGGCAGUCCGCGCUGCGGUACAUCGACCGCACGCUGUGGGUCAUAGAGAAGUGCGCAAGAUGGGCCGUGCCGCCGCCAUUAGACCAAGAUGAGCGUCCGCAGCCGGAGCUGGUGCGGCCCUUACCCUGGGUGUUCUUCCUGGCGAUGCUAGUCACGCUCAGGCUUACCCGCGAGGGGAUCUCACUCCUCAACCUCGUCAUGGGGAAACCGCCACUGAGGUCUGCUGAUGUGGUGAUGUACAUCCAGAGCAAGCGUCGCUACCUGCGCACGCUGAAGUACCAGGGGAACCGCAUGAUGCGCGCGCGCACGUCCUCCGCGCAGCCGCCGCACUCCUGGAGCCACUCCAUCAGCCAGCUGUUCGAGUUCACCAUGUGCUUCCGCCGACACACCAACCACUACGGGAACAACAACACCACCAGGCUCAGCAAUAAUGAUGAAGUACUUGUUGUAAAACGAAGUAAGCGCGGGCGAGAGCAAUCUAACCCGGCGGCGACGGCCAGCGAGACCACGAUGGAGAGACUCAUAGAGAAGAUGAUGGUGGACCUCGACGCUGACUCUGAUGAGGACUCCAGUUUCACUUUAACCAAUGUGACGAGUCCAAAGAGCGAUCGGUCAGACUUUACAACGGAAUCAGACCAGGACACGUUGUGCCAGAACAACAUACACAAACAUGUCGACAGCGAAUCCGGUCUCGACUCGCCAGUCAUCGCCAACAUAUCCAAACACCCCUGUUCCACUCCCGAGGCCCGUCCAACAGAGGAGACUCCCGUCCAAAAUGCUCAAGAGCCCAUAAUCUCAUCACCAAUUGAGGAGAAUCAGAAGGCAAACGCAACUCUACCCGAGUCUCCCUCAAAAAUCCCGCGAACUCCGAACAAUGAACAGAAAAUCGCUAAUGGGCGAACGGUAAAGAGUGUGCCCAGCAAAAAGAAAGGUUCACCGAUGUCAGAUAAAGAUAGAAGAAACUCAGACUUGCAUGGUAACAACACGUCAGCGAACAAUACUAUGUAGGGAGGGGAAAAUGUACAUCUCGCACAGUCAAAGUCACAGCACAGGUUAUAAGUGUAAGUUACUCCAUGUAGUGUAAUAAACAACCGCAUAUUCAACAGCUGGUACUAAUAGUGGAAACGACAAUAAUGUGAUUAUUAUAUUGUCAAUUGUUUUACAAACGAGGAUAUUCGCAAUACAGGUAUGUGGAGUAGCUAUUGUUGUAAUAAAAUUAUUAUAUAUGUAGGAGAUGUUGAAUUUAGAUUGUUUUGCAGUCUGUAUCUUCUUUUGCAAAGGCUUUUCCCGAGCUUUAGCUUUGCUUUCAAUUUGAUUUGAUUCAGGUGUAUUGUAACGUUUUACAUUAUUUGACUGCCUUUGAAUUUUAUCAGCCUGUAUAUUUUAUAACUGUUUUUCUAACUAUUCUUCUAAGAUAUGAAUUAAAUUUACUGAAUCUCUUGAAAAAGAUUUCAUGUUUUUUAUAAAAUUUUAGUCAACAAAUCAGUUAAUUGUAAUUUUCUCGGUUUUUUUGGCUCGUCACCUAUCUGUAUUGCAUUUCUCGUAUUUUGUUGUCGAUUGUAUAUUAAGGCCUAUUUACACUUUGAUAAUGGUUGCUAAUGUUAGAAUUAUAUCACUUGGAUUGUAAUUGAUGAUGACCUUCAAAACGCUAUAUUUGGAAAAAAGGUUUUAUUAUCAAAGAUAGUUUUCUCACCCGAAUACUCCUAUAUUAAACUAAAAUGAAAAUAUAUCCUUAUCUGUUAAAAAGUGAGUAAUAUUCCACUAUUCAGACAUUCAAAGAUUACAUAAUGUCAGUCUGCUUCGAUUGCAUUGGAAGAUGAUUAAAAAUUGAUAAUUUUUCAAUUAUAAUCCCUUAUCAAAGUGCAUUCAGGUCUCGAGGUAAGACUGGUUUAUUCGGAUGUCGUGAUAAGCACAAUUAUCUCGUAAAUUUGUUGUUUUCAAUUUCGCAUUUUACUCAAUGAAUCUCGCAUAUUAUUUGGUCAAAUUAUUUUAACCUCGCGGGGAACUUG